GGCCGACCGCGCGCUACCAGCUGUGCCGGUGGCGGUCGCUCAGUCGCGCGCCGCAGCCGCCGGGAUCAGCCGGCGCAGCCCGCAGCAGCAGCAGCAGCAGCAGCCUACACCUCGCAGCCGCACAGGGUUCCGCAGUCGCUUGUGGCGAGGACGGACAGAGGUCUAGCUGAGGAGGCGGCCAGCUAGCUGCCAGCUGCCAGCUGCCACGCACGGCGUCUCAGCUGCGCGCCUCUGCGACGCGACUGGAAGGCAACCGGCUUCUGCUGUCGACUCGCUUGCGCGUGUUGUAGGACCAGCUGGCUACCUCUCGUGGCACGAUGGCAGCCUGCCCCGGCGCCGCCGGCCCCCGCGCCCGCUGCCUGCUGCGGCUGCUGGUGCUCGCCGCCCUCACCCUCGUCCUCUUCUCCGACGCUGACGCCUGGAGGACCGACACCCGUCCAAGGGUGUACGGCAACAAGAUUCCCACGAGGGCGCUGGUGACCACCGGCAAGAAGGUGCAGCGCAAGAUCGUCCUCUACCACAACUUCUUCCGCACCAAGGUGUCGCCGCCGGCUUCCAACAUGCUCAAGAUGACGUGGCACAAGGGCGCGGCGAGGGCUGCCCAGCGGUGGGCGGAGCGCUGCCUGAUGCUGACCCACGACGACAUGCAGGGCCGCUGGGUCAACAACUACGGCUCCUGUGGCCAGAACAUCUUCAUCUCCACGCAGCAGGUGCCCUGGUACUUCGCCAUCAAGAUGUGGUUCGCGGAGCGCGACAACUUCACGUACGGGUCUCGGCGCAACGACCUGCACGCGGUGGGCCACUACACGCAGAUGGUGUGGGCGUCCACGCACAAGGUGGGCUGCGGCUUCACGCGCUGCGGCUCGCGCGGCCGCACCUACUACUCCUACAUCUGCAACUACUGCCCCAUGGGCAACAUGAUGGAGAAGCUGGGGACGCCGUACGAGUGGGGCCGCGCCUGCGACCGCUGCCCGGGCCACUGCCGGCUGGGCAAGCUGUGCACCAACUCGUGCCCCUCCGCCGACCUGUGGGGGAACUGCGCGGAGCUCAACUCGACGCACCACCACUGGCUGUGCGACCGCAGCACGGCGCACGGACGCGACAGGCACCGCUUCUGCCGCGCCACCUGCGGCUGCAAGGGCAAGAUCUACGGCUGACCGCCCCCGCCGCCACCUCCCGGUUACCACAGUUCCUCCACACUCUCUGCAGCCAGCCGCGUGUCGCUCUGGUGUCCACGCUAAAGUCGCUGGCACAGCGAGGCACUGACUGCCGAGUUGCAGGGAA